AAGAAGGGGACUCUUUAUGUCAGGCAUUUUAGAUCUAGAAAUUAAGUCCCUUCUUUCUCAACCCUUUGGAGAGUUUUCCUUUUCCCCAGUUUGAAUGCUGUAAACUUUAGGUAACUGGUUAGAAGCGGUAUGGGGUUCUUCAAUACGAGUUUGAGGUUCCGAGGCUCUGGGAGCCACGAGACUAUAAGGGCUUGUUGGUCCGGCAGAUAGACCGGAUGCCCACCACUUGUGGAAUGCAGGAUGCAGGAGGUGGACGGAGCAUCUCCACUCAUCUGAGCACCCGGCCUCGGGGAGCCUCCCUACCCCAGGCUGGGCGGGCUCACUGUCGACUCCUCCCUUUCCUUCUCUCCGCAGCUCUCCAGGAGGAGACGAUCCGCGGGAUUUUACGAGCUUCGUGUGGUCUCCCAGCACAGCCUCUCUUCAAGACCGCUCCGGGUUAUCCCGCACCCCCAUUGCCAGCCCUGCAAACCCCACCGAUGACGCCCGGCCCUGGGGGGAUUUGAUCUUCCAUGGCCACCGAUGACAGCAUCAUUGUGCUGGAUGAUGACGAUGAAGAUGAAGCAGCUGCUCAGCCAGGGCCCUCCCACCCCGCCUCCAGUCCACCCUCACCAGGGCCUGAAACCCCUGGCCCCUCUGAGCCCCAUGGGGUGGGAGGAACCGGUAACUCAGGUGGUAAGAAAUGCUACAAGUUGGAGAAUGAGAAGCUGUUUGAAGAGUUCCUUGAACUGUGUAAGACACAGACAUCAGACCACCCUGAAGUGGUCCCGUUCCUCUAUAAACAGCAGCAGCGUGCCCAAUCUCUGUUUCUGGCCUCAGCUGAGUUCUGCAACAUCCUCUCCAGGGUCCUGUCUCGGGCCCGGAACCGACCAGCUAAACUCUAUGUCUACAUCAAUGAGCUCCUCACUGUUCUUAAAGCCCACUCAGCAAAGAAGAAGUUGAACCUGGCCCCUGCAGCCUCCACUUCCAGUGAACCCUCUGAGACUAACCCUCCCACAGAUCCCCCCUCAGACCCCACAAAUGCUGAAACCACUGCCUCAGAGGCUUCAAGGACACGUGGUUCCCGGAGGCAGAUCCAGCGCUUGGAGCAACUGCUGGCACUGUAUGUGACAGAGAUCCGACGGCUUCAGGAGAAGGAGCUGGACCUGUCAGAACUUGACAAUCCAGACUCUACAUAUCUUCAGGAGGCCCGUUUGAAGCGGAAGCUGAUCCGCCUCUUUGUGCGGCUGUGUGAGUUGAAGGACUGCUCUUCACUGACUGGACGGGUCAUUGAGCAGCGCAUCCCCUAUCGGGGUACCCGUUACCCAGAGGUCAACAGGCGCAUCGAGCGGCUCAUCAACAAGCCAGGCCCUGAUACCUUUCCCGACUAUGGAGAUGUGUUGCGGGCUGUGGAGAAGGCAGCGACCCGGCACAGUCUUGGCCUUCCUCGCCAGCAGCUUCAGCUCAUGGCUCAGGAUGCCUUCCGGGAUGUGGGCGUCAGGUUACAGGAACGUCGCCACCUUGAUCUCAUCUACAACUUUGGCUGCCAUCUCACAGAUGACUAUAGGCCAGGCAUUGACCCUGCACUAUCAGAUCCCACAUUGGCCCGCCGCCUUCGGGAAAACCGGAGCUUGGCCAUGAGCCGGCUGGAUGAGGUCAUCUCCAAAUAUGCAAUGUUGCAAGACAGAAGUGAGGAGGGCGAGAGACAGAAGAGACGAGCGCGGCUCCAGCGCAUCUCUUCCUACUCCUCAGGCUCCCCUAAAGCUUCCUUGGAUUCUGGUGAGGGUCCCAGUGGAGUGGCAUCCCAGGAGUGCCCUACUACCUCCAAAGCUGAGACUGAUGAUGAAGAGGACGAGGGAAGUGAGGAGGAGGAGGAGGAGGAGGAGGAGGAAGAGGAUGAAGAGGAAGAAGAGGAAGACGAAGAAGAGACCACAGACUCUGAAGAUGAUGAGGAUCUAGAACAGUUGCAGGAAGGUCAGGGGGGUGAUGAAGAGGAGGAAGAGAGAGGAGAUAAUGAAGGAAAUAAGAGCUCCAUGUCCCCAUCACACAUUUCCACUAAAAAGAACUCAGAAGCUAGAAUGGGGCUUAGGUCUUCAGGGGAACCUCGGAACAAAGGGCUGACCGUGACACCAGCUUCUCUGGAAGAGCCCCCUGCACCUGCCAGCAUUGAUGCAGGAAGCAGUGGAGAACAGCUUGAAGAGUUCCCCUUGGAGGGGGAGAGUCCCACGUCCCAGCUCUUUGAGCUGGAGAUCGAAGCCUUGCCUGUGGAUGCCACCCCUUCCCCUGAGGAAAGGGACGUUUCCUCUUUCAGGAAGCAGCCAGAAGAUUCCCUCCCCACGGUGUUGGAAAAUGGGGCAGCUACAGUCACCUCCACAUCCUUCAAUGGGGGUGUCUCUCCUCACACCUGGCGAGAUUCCAGUCCCCCCUGCAAGAAAUCUCGGAAGGAGAAGAAGCAAUCAGGAUCGGGACCAUUAGGAGACAGCUAUGGUGAAAAGCAAAUGGCCGAGCAGAAUAGGAAGAAGAUUGACCCCCCGCCUAGUCCAUCCUCCCCCAUGGCUUCCAUGGCUCCAGUUGCUGAUUCCUCCACAAGGGUGGACUCUCCCAGCCAUGCACUGGUGACCAGCUCCCUCUGCAGCCCUUCUCCAGCCCUGAUAGCCCACAUCCCCCAAUCUCAACCUCCCCUGCCUUGUACUUAUAAGAUGAGUGUGGCCACACAGUGCGACCCCGAGGAGAUCAUCGUGCUCUCAGACUCUGAUUAGAGUCCCCCUCCUGGGGCCAGGUUUUGGGGAUAGCGUUUGCCGCAAGGAUGGACUGAGCUAAUCCCAUUUUGGUGGUGUUUCUUUUGAAAAAAAUCAAAAGUUUUAAGUUUUACACAGACACAAUAAACAAUAAAAUUCUUUUCUUA